AUGGGACUUUGCAAUUCGACAUUUAUUAUUCACCUGCUAAUUUCAAUCAAUCGCUAUUUCUCGAUCUCUUUUCCCACUUCCUAUUCCUCAAUAUUCACGAAACGUUUCUCAUACAGUAGCAUAAUCGUCAUAGUUCUGUGCACAUUAGCCAUCCGCACGACAAACUUUAUAGGUGAUUUUAUUGCUGAAUUCAUAGUUGAAUUUCACAGCUUAGCUUUUCUUUUCCUGCGUUCAUCUAAUGCGACCGCUGUUAGUAUAGCGCUUCUUGGACUAUCAAUUUUCAAUUAUAUCAUGAAUAAAUUUGGGCCAGGGUGGAUAAAUUCUGGGCUAUCAUCAGCAAUUUGGAUCUCGUUUCAUACGCUCGAUGGGUCAGUUUACAGCCUAAUUCCUGAAAUAAAGCAAUUCUCAGAAAAACCUAGUUUUGUUUCAAAGUUUCAGGGUUGUUUUUUUGAUAUUCAAUGCCAGAAGCGUCAAUAG